AUGGCGCCAAACCUACAACAAAAGAGAGCUCAUCCAUCUGGAAAUCAACCUCAUCCAGAGGUGGAUAAAUUUGAACGGCUCAUGAAGGAGGAUGCGUUGCCUGAAGGGGAAACAUUGCCUUCUUCUUUUUAUGAGACCAAAAAGAUAGUUGAAAGCUUGGGCUUAAAGUACGAAAAGAUUCAUGCUUGUCCCAAUGAUUGCAUGCUUUUUAGGAAAGAGUUUUCUAGUAAGGAUGUUAAUGAAUGCAAAAUUUGUGGUGCUUCUAGAUGGAAAAAUAAUGCUAGAAAAAUUCCAGCCAAGGUCCUAAGGUAUUUUCCUUUAAAACCAAGGCUGCAAAGAUUGUUUAUGUCUUCAGAAACUUCUAAAGCAAUGCAAUGGCAUCACGAAGAGCGCAAUAAAGAUGGCGUUCUACGACAUCCUGCAGAUUCUGAAGCUUGGAAAAGUUUUGAUAGUAAAUAUCCCGAAUUUGCUGGAGAUCCUCGCAAUGUCCGGCUAGGAUUAGCUUCUGACGGAUUUAAUCCAUUUGGCACAAUGCGAACUAUUCACAGUACAUGGCCAGUGAUUUUAAUGCCAUAUAAUCUUCCACCAUGGAUGUGCAUGAAGCAAGAGUUCUUCAUUCUGUCCUUACUUAUUCCUGGACCAAAAGCGCAUGGCAAUAAUAUUGAUGUCUUUUUGCAACCUUUAAUAGAAGAGUUAAAUGAAUUAUGGGAUGUCGGGGUAGAAACAUACGAUGCUUCUACUAAGGAGAUAUUUCAAAUGCGAGCAGCUCUCAUGUGGACUACAAAUGAUUUUCCAGCAUAUGGUACUCUCUCUGGAUGGAGCACUUAUGGUCGGUUUGCAUGCCCUUCUUCCAACAUAAACACUCAAUCUAGAUGGCUCAAACAUGGUAGAAAGUUUUGUUACAUGGGGCAUCGACGUUUCUUGAAGUCGGGCCACAAAUAUCGGAAUGAUGCAAGAUCGUUUGAUGGGACUAAAGAAACAAGACCUGCACCUUGUGCAGUAUCCAGGUCACUAGUGCUGAAUCAAGUUAAAGAUAUAAAGUUUACUCUCGAUCUUGGUAAAAAGUCUAAAGACAAUCUAGAAGCUCGAUUGGACUUGAAGGAUAUGAAAAUAAGACCAAGCUUAUGGCCUCAAUAUCGAGCUAGUGGGAGGGCUUAUCUUCCUCCUACUUAUUUUACGAUGACUUCAAACGAAAAAGAGUUAUUUUAUGAAGUACUACAAAAUACCAAGUUUCCAUAUGGCUAUUCAUCUAAUAUAUCACGUUGGAUUCGCAAACGGAAGAUAUCUAGGCUAAAAACUCAUGAUUGCCAUGUUAUAAUGCAAGAACUUCUUCCUCUUGCCUUGCGGAGAUCAAAAGACAAAAGAAUCAGUUCCGUUUUAAUUGAACUAUGCACAUUCUUUCGUGUUCUAUGUAGCAAAGUGCUAAAACUAGAAGAGUUAAAGUUACUUGAAGAAAAAAUUCCAGAAACAUUGUCUACUAUGGAAAAACUCUUUCCCCCAGGAUUCUUUACUGUUAUGGUGCACUUUCUUACUCACUUGGCAACUGAGGCUAGACUUGCGGGGCCAGUAUAUUAUCGCUGGAUGUACCCAAUUGAGAGGUACUUGGGUACUUUAAAAUCAUAUGUUCGUAAUUGUGCAUGCCCAGAAGGUUCAAUAGCAGAAGCAUACAUAGCAAAUGAGUGUGUGGCAUUUUUCUCACGAUAUUUGGAGGGUGGAGAUUCAAGGUCUUAUUGUUCAAGAAAAUGCAAUGAUGAGAUUGAGCAUGAGACUAGUAAAGAAGAAUGUCUUUUUCCUACUGUUGGGGAGUCGUACGGUGAAGUAGAUGUAUUUGAGUUGGAUGAGAAAACAUGGUUGCAAGCACAUCGGCAUGUGCUUUUCAAUUGUGAGUCAGAUGUGGUUGAGAAUUAUAAAAAUGAACAUAUGGCUGAAAUCAAGAGAUCACAUCGUAAGCGCCGUUUGAGACCACGUCAACUUAAUCUUAUGCAUUUUGAUACAUUUCAUGAGUGGUUCAAGGAGAAAGAUAUUAAAGUCCUCGCAGAAGGGCCGACUAAAAUUGCAAAAAUAUUUAAUGCGUUCGAUGUAAAUAACGGGUAUCGAUUCCGAACAAAACAAAGUGAAGAGUCCAAGGAGACACAAAAUAGUGGUGUUAUGGUCGUUUCUAAGACUGAAAGUUAUGCAAGUACAAGUGACAAUGCUCCAAAGUCUGCAAAUAUCACAUAUUAUGGUAGAGUGAAUGAUAUUGUGGAGUUAAAUUAUUAUGAAGAAUUUAAGGUUGUCUUAUUUAAGUGCGAUUGGGUUGAUGUAACCAAAGACUCUGGUGAUCAAGAACGCCAUGAGCCUUUUAUUUUUGCAGAACAAGAUCAACAAGUAAUAUAUGUACAAGAUCCUCAAUAUCAUGAAUGGUUUGUCCCUAGGUUUAUUAAACCUCGAGACGUUUUUGAUAUGCGAGAGGAAAAUAGUGUGCAUUUUGAGUCAUCAAUGCAGUGUGAUGCCACUGACUUGGCUCUCUUAGAAAAUGCUCAUGUUUUGGAGUAUGAGGAUAAUGAUUGGGUAAGAAGUGGUGUCAAUGGAAUGCUCUUGGAUUGUGAGAUGCUAUGGUGUUUGUGUGCACAAAUAGCUUAUGUGUUUUUCACAUAUUGA